AUGAUGCGCACUUCUUCUGCUGUGAUGACGACGCUCGCCGUCACCGCGACGCUGCUUGCCAUGCUCAGCGUCUCUGUCGCAGUGAGCGCGGUGAACCUGCUGCCGCUGCGCGGCGAUGGAUUGAUGGAUGUGGAGUUGGUGUGCCGCAGUGCCACGCUGAGUGAGCCGACGGUCUACAACAGAUCCGUGAUCAGCGCAUUUCGCUUCGCCGUCAGUGCAAGCACGGGCAACACAAAGGAGAACGUGCAUCUUCCAUUAUACGUGGAGCGCAUACUAGACAGCGACUACGUCCGUACCUACUACAUCAACUCUACCGACAAGUGCAGCAUCUCCGACUCCAAGGGCAUUGUGCACACGAGGGGAUUGUAUGAAUCCUCGGACGAGGUGGUCUUGGCUGGGAGUCUCAUUACCAUGCUGAGCUCCCCGCUCCCAGCGACAUCCAGACCGAGCGUGACUCGCGGUAUUUCCGUCAGUAACUACUCGGGCCAGUUUACCAUCACGAUUCCGAGCAGUUACGGUGGCCUUGGGGUGCCCGCCACGUACAGCGCCGCUGUGUUGACGAGCACGAAGUACUGGUCGGUGAACUUGAUGGAGGUGGACCUGACGCCGGUGUCGAUUGAGGUGACGGCUGUAGACGCCGCCAGCAAGAUCAAUAACUGCCUCUUUACCUUCUCCUUCCUUGGCUCGAACGUGUCCGAGGUGCUGGGGUCGCUUCCAUCCCCCUGCAACAACUCAUCCUCUAUGCAUCCACGUGCCUGGAAGCCGACGGACGUUGCUCUGCCGAAGAUGGGAGGCCCCGCGGUCGCUGCUGCUGCUUUUUCAUCGCGGCCCAGUGUCUUCAGCAACUCGAGUGGGGCGUUGUCAUCGACCUCAGCAGCGGACAUUGCCAACUACACGAUGCCAGAGUUUCCUGAUGACUUCACGGCGAGUUUCCUUGUUGUUUCGCCAUUUAAGAUGUCCUUCUACCAGGUUCGCGAGGCUUACAGCCUCUACGCGCGUUUCUCCCGCACCAGCUUGCAUUUCCCCAUGAGGGGUGUCGCCGGUCGCGUGUAUGAGCACGAGUGGCACACCAACUCAUGGAAUCAGAUGUCGUACUACCACACCAAGUUUUCAGUGCCGAACGGCCAGGAGGUGGCCGACGAGGCUCUGCGCAGGUACUUCUUCCCUGACCUGAACACCUGCAGACGCGUCGUCAUUACCUACGACUUGAUGGCCAGGAGCUCCAGCUCCCUGCUCCUCUACUCGCCAAGUGUGCCGCCGACGUUUAUCGGCAACCAGACGGUGCGCAACAUCCCGUGUGGUGUGUGGGUGGCGGAGACGCAAGGCGUCCGUGUAACGUGGUACUGGGCGACUGCUGAUUAUGUGGACACGACGUCGUUCUGGACAACCGACAGCAUACAAAGUGGCACGUCGAAUUACAGCAGGCUGGUGCGCAUGACGGUGACCGGCAAGGGCGGCGCCCCGCCGCUGUUCGCGCACCACCCCUUCUUCCCACAAGGCUACGGCUUCCCCGUGGCUGAUCGUGAUGUGGCGUGCAGUGCGAUGAUGCCUUCUGAGGUGGAUAUGGGCUGCUACACCUACGCCAAAAACGGUGAUUUCACUUACAUAUACGAAAUCACAUAUUUUGUGCCUUACGUUCGAAGGAGUGACUAUGACCUCCCUGCCACGUGCGCCGGCGCCGAGAUAUUGGGCUCGAUCCCCAGCUUUCAGUGCAACUACAAGGGCAUCACGAGCGGUGUGGCGUCCAUACUGCUGGCUGUGGUUGCGCUACUGUUCUCCCUUGCGAGCGGGUGCUGCGUGUGGUGCCCCUUCUCCCGAAUUGUGCGUCACCAACAGGAUGAGCUGGCGCGAUUCACGUGGGAGAUACGCCUUGCUCAAAGGGCGAACGGCACUGAGGGGCAUGUCACAACGGACGUCGUUCCCAAAGGCUAA